AUGGGAUGUCCUGAUUCGGAGGCGCCGGCGUCGAGCGUCGCCCACGGAGUUGAAGGAGGCGCGGCGGCACCGGCUGGGGCGUACUCAGCUUUCGAGACCAACGUGGUGAUCAUCCUGGCCGCGGUCUUCUUCGGGCUGCUCCUCGUCAUCGCGCUCAACUCGCUGGCGCGGUGCGCGCUCCGGCGCGUGUGCCGCGAGGCCGCGGCCGCUGCCGGCGAGGGCCGGGCGUCGGCGUGGGUGGCCUGCAGCGGCAGCGGCAUUAAGAGGCACGUCCUCAGGGGCCUCCCCAUGGAGGUGUACGCCUGCGGGGAGGACAUCGACGACGUGUGCGCCAUAUGCCUAAGCGAGUUCGUGGACGGGGAGAAGGUGCGCGUGCUGCCGCUGUGCAGGCACGGCUUCCACGUCCGCUGCGUGGACGCCUGGCUGGUGUCCCAUGGCUCCUGUCCCACAUGCCGGCGGCCGGUCAUCGAGAAGGGCGCCAGCGGCGUCGUCGAAAGCCAGCGCCCUGCAGAGACGAACACGGUCAUCACCGUGGCGAUCGUGUGA